AUGGCCAUGCCUUCUCCUCGCGGCCUCAUACCAUUCUACGCCAAUCUACUCGAAGCCUGCUCUUUGUCUAAGAAUCUCCAAACCGUCAAACAGCUCCACGCUAAAACCAUAAGACUCUGCAUUUCCCCCCACGACUUCAUUCGAACCAAGCUCGUUUUCUCCUAUGCCUCAUGUGCCCAACUGAACCAGGCCAACCUCCUCUUCUCCUUCUGCAAUCGCCAAUCGACCUUCCUCUUCAACACCCUCAUUCGAGCCCAUUCGUCCCAAGGUUUGUUCUCUCAAUCUCUGUCCAUUUUUAUCCGCAUGCUUGCUGCCAUUAAAGCCUUUGACCGCCAUACCUUGCCUGUGGUUCUCAAAUCUUGUGCUGGGUUAUUGGCAUUGAGGCUUGGGAAGCAAGUACAUGGAGCCAUUUUGGUGAAUGGGUUUGCCUUAGAUUUGGCGAACUUGAAUGCGUUGAUCAGCAUGUAUGCCAAGUGUGGUGAAUUGGUUGGUGCGCGUAAAGUGUUUGACGGAAUGCUCAUAAGAAAUGAGAUUUCUUGGUCAGCAAUUUUGGCUGGGUAUGGAAUGCAUGGAGUGUUUGGUGAGGUAUUUGAAUUGUUUGAUAGGAUGGUGGAAGCAGGAGAGAGGCCGGAUGCAGUGACAUUCACUACAAUUUUGACAGCGUGUAGUCAUGGCGGGUUCACCGAGAAGGGGAGGGAGUAUUUUGGAAUGAUGGAGCAGAGGUUUGGGGUGAAGCCCAGGUUGGAGCAUUAUACAUCUAUGGUGGAUAUGUUAGGCAGGGUGGGACGGGUGGAGGAGGCAGAGGAGUUGGCUUUGGGGAUGACAGUGGAACCAGAUGCGGCAUUAUGGGGCGCGUUGUUGGGCGCUUGUAGGAUUCAUGGGAAGGUCGAGGUAGCUGAGAGAGCGGAAGAGAUGCUCUAUGGAAGGCUACUUGGUGUAGUAUCUCUUUGA